AUGCCACCUUUCACAAUCCAACCCCCAACCCCCGCCGACAUAAUCCUCAGCUACCCAGCACCCCACGUCCUGCUGGUAACGCUAAACCGACCCCGCAAUCUAAACUGCAUAAGCACUCAAGGCCACUCAGACCUCCACGCAGUGUGGGAAUGGCUCGACGAAGAGCCAAGCAUGCGCGUGGGUAUCCUAACCGGAAAGGGCCGGGCGUUUUGCGCCGGGGCGGAUCUAAAAGAAUGGAAUAACCGCACCUCGACAGGAACAACAACCUCCAGCUCCACAAUGCCGAAUAGUGGGUUUGGUGGACUAGCGCGACGUAAGGGCAAGAAGCCUGUGAUCUGUGCUGUGAAUGGGGUCUGUCUUGGUGGGGGUACGGAGAUGAUUAUCAAUAGUGAUAUCGUGAUUGCGUCUUCGCGGGCUGUAUUUGGAUUACCGGAGGUUAAGCGGGGGGUUGUUGCUCUUGCUGGGGCGUUGCCGCGACUGGUGCGGACUGUUGGGAAGCAGCGGGCUAUGGAGAUGGUUCUUACGGGACGGAUGGUUGGUGCUGCUGAGGCGGAAAGGUGGGGGCUUGUUAAUUCUGUCGUUGAGGUUGGUGAGAAGAAUGAGGAGGAGAUUGAAAGGGUUGUUUUGGAGAAGGCUUUGGGUGUUGCGGAGGAGAUUUCCGGAAAUAGCCCUGAUUCGGUGCUUGUUAGUCGUGAGGGGGUAAAGUUGGGGUGGGAGGGGAUUGGGGCGGAUGAGGCGACGACGAUGUUGAAUGAAACGUGGGUUAAGAGGUUGAAUGAGGGGGAAAAUAUUAAGGAGGGACUUAAGGCUUUUGUGGAGAAGAGGAAGCCUGUUUGGGUUGAUAGCAAGUUGUAG